AUGACAGCUGGCAUUGAGAACCAGCAGCACUGGUUGAAGAGGAAGCUGCGGAGAGAUAAAAACCGAAAUAAAAUCACAGGUUCAAUACUGCUCCAUCUUAAUGAGUCUGAUCUUGAAAGUCUUGGAAUAAGUACUUUGGGUGACAGAAAGAAGCUGCAUAAUUAUAUCCAGCAACUGAAGGAAAUUCAUGUUGAUGCAAUGAAGGUCAUUAAUGAUCCUAUCCAUGGCCACAUUGAACUCCACCCUCUCCUCAUCCGAAUCAUCGACACACCUCAAUUUCAGCGGCUUCGAUAUAUCAAACAGUUGGGUGGCAGUUACUAUAUUUUUCCAGGCGCUUCGCACAACCGAUUUGAGCACAGUCUAGGCGUAGGGUAUCUAGCAGGAUGUCUUGUUCGUGCACUGCGUGAAAAACAACCAGAGCUGCAGAUAAGUGAACGGGAUGUGCUCUGUGUUCAGAUUGCUGGCCUUUGUCAUGAUCUCGGUCAUGGGCCAUUUUCUCAUAUGUUUGAUGGAAGAUUUAUUCCACUUGCUCGCCCAGAUGUGGAAUGGACGCAUGAACAGGGCUCAGUGAAGAUGUUUGAGCACCUAGUUAAUUCUAAUGGACUCAAAGCUGUCAUGGAACAUUACGGUCUCAUCCCUGAAGAAGAUAUUUGCUUUAUCAAGGAACAAAUUACAGGACCACUUGAAUCACCAAUCAAAGAUUCUUUGUGGCCAUACAAAGGGCGUCCUAAAGAGAAAAGCUUCCUUUAUGAGAUAGUGGCCAAUAAAAGAAAUGGCAUUGAUGUGGACAAAUGGGAUUAUUUUGCCAGGGACUGCCAUCAUCUUGGAAUCCAAAAUAAUUUUGAUUACCAGCGCUUUAUCAAAUUUGCCCGUGUUUGUGAAGUAGAUGAUAGGAAGCGUAUUUGUACUAGAGAUAAGGAGGUUGGGAAUCUGUAUGACAUGUUCCAUACCCGUACCUCUUUGCACCGCAGAGCUUAUCAACACAAAGUUGGCAACAUCAUUGAUACAAUGAUUACAGAUGCUUUCCUCAAAGCAGACCCCUACAUAGAAAUUGUAGGUGCUGAAGGAAAAAAGUAUCACAUUUCUACGGCAAUUGAUGACAUGGAUGCCUUCACUAAGCUCACAGAUAACAUUUUCCUGGAGAUUUUAUAUUCUUCUGAUCCCAAACUGAAUGCAGCACGAGAGAUUUUAAAAAAAAUUGAAUGCCGUAAUCUAUACAAGUAUGUGGGUGAGACUAAACCAAAAGGAACAACAAAAAUUGAAAAGGAAAAUUAUAAAAGCCUUCCAGAAGAUCUCGCUAAUUCUAAACCUAAGGACAUCUUGAUAGAAACUGAACUAAAGGCUGAAGACUUCAUAGUGGAUGUUAUCAACAUGGAUUAUGGAAUGGAAGACAAGAAUCCUAUUGAUCACGUUCGCUUCUAUUGUAAGAGUGACCUCAGCAAAGCAGUCAGGAUUACUAAAGAUCAGGAUAGUGAUGUUGUGGCCCCACUUAUAACACCUCGAAAAGAGGAGUGGAAGAACCCGGAUUCAGCCCAGAGCCCAGAUCACUUACAAAAAGUGUCCAAAUUUAAAACCCGGCUUUUUCCAGAUGACUCUGUGUGA